AUGGGUUCAGAUUCAGACAAGGAAUGCUUCGACAAGUCCGGACCCAAGCAUAUUUCUGAGAUUGACUGGGGCAACGAGGGCCACCGUCGGUGCAUCACCGCCUGCCUUGUGAGAGCCACUUACAUUCUGGAGAGCGAUCGAACCAAGGGGAGGCAGGACACACCCGGGGCGCGCGCGCCGGCGUGGUGGAGGAGCUUCCACCUGCGCCUGCAUAGAAGCCCUCCUGUGCGCCACCAGCCUCCGGCUCCACCUCCACACUUCAUUGUUGCCUUCCGGGGCACCAAACUACGGGUGAUUCCGGAUAUCAAAGACGACAUCAGCAUCAUCCUCAACCUGCAGGACACAUGCAUUCGCUUCCGCAAGGCACGCGAGCAUGUCGCGGAGCUCCUCCUGGAGGCCACCGGCAUCAGCGGAAGCGGCGGCGUCGUGUGGCUUGCGGGGCACUCGCUUGGCGCGUCGGUGGCGCUGGACGUGGGGCGCGACCUGGUGAUCCGUAGGGCGCUCAACCUCCCGACCUUCCUCUUCAACCCGCCGCACGUAUCGCUGGCGCCUGUCGCCACCGCGUUAGCUGCACAUGUCGGAGGUGGCCAAGCUUGA